AUGCAUAAAUCAUAUCAACCAAUACGACCAGCUACGAAUCGUCUUCUUCAAAAGAAAUGGGAUGAGAAAUAUCAUUCAGAGCAUCAAAUCUUGGUACGUGAUGCUCGACCGACUAUUGACACACGUCCGCCACGCACAUAUAUGCAUCUUCAUAUGAAAUUGAAAAAACUUCAGUUGGAAGAAGAACGUACAGCAACUAUCGAACGUGAUAAUCGUAUAUUAUUAGAAAAAAUGGCACAUACGAUGCGUAGAACAGAUAAUCUUGAUAAUCGCAAUUACUAUUCAGCAAAAAGUCUGAAUCAAGAGAAACGUCGUCGGGAAUUAUUACGUGUAUCACGUGAGAACUCGACUAUGGCCAAAAGAAUUGUUGAUCGUAAACCCGAUUUAAACCGAAAUGAUUGGUCAAAUAGUUGGUCGAAGAAUCUCGCAUAUUUAGAUAAUAUCGCGAAAUACUCGCUGGAUUGGCAUGGCUCACGACCUAGUACUCGUCAAAGUCGUAGUCGCCAGCGGUCAGCACGACGAGCUGCAAGUGCUCCGCGAAGUUAUCAAAGAGAAUAA